ACUACAGCCUACAGCCCAGCUCCCCGUUCCCCCGCAGUCCUGUCUGCUGGCUGCUCCGCGAGACCGCGACCGCGCCGUUCCCCCUCGGUCUCGGCGGUGCUCCCCGGCCUCGGCCGCCGUGCUGCUGCCGUCGGUUCCUGCCUCGGCUGCGCCGCCGAGGCCGAGGAACGCCGACUCGCGCAGCCGCUCUGCGCCCCACUGCUUCUCGCCAACGCGGCGACGUACCGCAGCCAGGCUGCUGCUUCGCUUCGCCCCGGGUAAAUUCUUGGACCAGGUAUUGUCUUCCUUCCACUGUUGAUCAGGUCGUGGGAGGCAUAGAUGAAUCAAGCCACUGAUUUGGAAUAUUGUUGUCCCGUCUGAAAGUUAUCUUACGGAGAAGGGCCUAUUAAGUUGAGUUUCUGCAUUUCCUUCAAGAUCCUAUUGUUACCUUAAGAAUAACAGUGGGUGCUCCAAUAUGUCUAUGCACCCUAUGUCGCUCUCCUUACAACCCUUCACUGCAAAUUCAAUAAACACAUAUUCUUUAAGGAGCACUAGUGCGAAUUAUGACCGUGGUUUUAUAAAGUUGGUGCCAAUUGGAAGUAGUGGACAUUGGGUCACAAAUUUCAGACCAAAUUCUGCGUCUAGGCCUGAAACUUCUGUAGGACAUGAUUGUGUAGUGGGAGAGAAUGAUGGUGUGAUCAUAGUUGAUCACGGGUCACGUCGACAAGAAUCUAAUCUCAUGCUACAUGAUUUUGUUAGCAUGUUCAAGGCCAGGACUUGCUACAAUAUUGUUGAGCCUGCUCACAUGGAGCUGGCUGAGCCUACUAUUAAGGAAGCAUUUGGAAAAUGUGUGCAGCAGGGAGCAUCUCGCAUUAUUGUCAGUCCAUAUUUCCUUUCCCCUGGACGACACUGGAAGCAAGAUAUCCCUUCUUUAGCAUCAGAAGCCUCUAAAGAGCACUCAAGCGUACCCUACAUCAUCACGGCUCCUCUUGGAUUACAUGAGCUUAUGGUGGAUAGAAAUGUUGAAAAGGAAGUGUCGAAUUUUGUUUGCUACGUAUUAACGAAGGGUUCAGAGUCAUUGAGUGUUUGUUCUAGAAAAAUGAUAUUAUGAACGAUCGCACCAAAUACUGCCUGAGGCACGCUGCAGGUGGAGUCGAUGAGUGUACGGUAUGUGCCGGGACUGGAAAGUGCCAUUUUUACUCUUGAUGGGAAAGACAAUGGAGGCUACUUUGCUCAACAGUCCUAUCUCCAUAAUUUUGGAAAUUGUAUACAACCAACCUUGUUUCUUGCAAAUGAGCGCCUCAAAUAGCUGAGACCCUAAGUUUGAUUUUGUGCGAGCUGAACCUGUGUCCCAUGCCAUGUUACAGAACCUAUCACUAUUAUACUGAUUAAUGUUAACGGUUUUGUUCAGUUUGUAGAUA